GGCAGCGGCAGCGGCAGCGGCAGCAUCUCGCUCGCGGAGCCGGCGCAGGUUUCCCACACCCGGAGUGCAGACUGAGAGCAGCCCAGGAAAGAGAGCUGAACUUCAUCACCCAGUCCCCAGAGCCAGCAAGACAUGGGCCCCAUUUCCCGAAUCCUGGCGCCUUUCAUUUAACCAGAAGACGCAGAGGGGAGCCACCACCCCUGACCAUGUAGAUGCCAGCUCCAGGGAGCAGCAUGGGCCCCACUGAAUGGAGACUCCUGGGUCUACAGCCCUGAGCCCCUCCGGCCCCUGGACGUUGCCCCGUGCCCAGGGACACCCCUUGGAGCUCACCACCGCUGUCGCCAGCCCACCUCGGCCGCCCCCUCCCCCUGGGACCCAAAGUCGGCCACCGGGAGCCACAGUCAUCCAGUGAGGUUGUGCUAAGGACAGGCACACGGAGCCAUCGCCCAGCAGCCUCUUGUCCAGCGCUGACUCUCGGGCCCACCCUGAGCAGGGACUGGGGCAAACAUGGGUGACAUGACCAACAGCGAUUUUUACUCCAAAAACCAAAGAAAUGAGUCGAGCCAUGGGGGCGAGUUCGGGUGCACAAUGGAGGAGCUCCGCUCCCUCAUGGAGCUACGGGGCACCGAGGCUGUGGUCAAGAUCAAGGAGACUUAUGGGGACACUGAAGCCAUCUGCCGGCGCCUCAAGACUUCACCUGUGGAAGGUUUGCCAGGCACCGCUCCAGAUCUGGAAAAGAGAAAGCAGAUUUUUGGGCAAAACUUUAUACCUCCAAAGAAGCCAAAAACCUUCCUGCAGCUGGUGUGGGAGGCACUGCAAGAUGUGACGCUGAUCAUCCUGGAAAUCGCGGCCAUCAUCUCCCUGGGGCUGUCCUUUUACCACCCGCCUGGAGAGAACAAUGAAGGAUGUGCGACGGCCCAGGGAGGGGCAGAGGAUGAAGGGGAGGCGGAGGCGGGCUGGAUCGAGGGGGCGGCCAUCCUCCUCUCUGUCAUCUGUGUGGUCCUGGUCACGGCCUUCAAUGACUGGAGCAAAGAGAAGCAGUUCCGGGGCCUGCAGAGCCGCAUUGAGCAGGAGCAGAAGUUCACCGUGGUUCGGGCUGGCCAGGUGGUCCAGAUCCCUGUGGCCGAGAUUGUGGUUGGGGACAUCGCCCAGGUCAAAUAUGGUGACCUCCUCCCUGCUGACGGCCUCUUCAUCCAGGGCAAUGACCUCAAAAUCGACGAAAGCUCCCUGACGGGAGAGUCUGACCAGGUGCGCAAGUCCGUGGACAAGGACCCCAUGCUGCUGUCAGGGACCCACGUGAUGGAGGGCUCUGGACGGAUGGUAGUGACCGCAGUGGGUGUGAAUUCUCAGACUGGCAUCAUCUUUACUCUGCUGGGGGCUGGCGGUGAGGAGGAAGAGAAGAAAGACAAGAAAGGUGUGAAGAAGGGGGAUGGCCUUCAGCUACCAGCGGCCGAUGGUGCAGCAGGCUCAAAUGCUGUAGAUAGUGCAAAUACCAGCCUAGUCAAUGGUAAAAUGCAGGAUGGCAAUGUGGACGCCAGCCAGAGCAAAGCCAAACAGCAGGACGGGGCAGCCGCCAUGGAGAUGCAGCCCCUCAAGAGUGCCGAGGGCGGCGAUGCCGACGACAAAAAAAAGGCCAACAUGCACAAGAAGGAGAAGUCUGUGCUGCAGGGAAAGCUCACCAAGCUGGCUGUGCAGAUAGGCAAGGCAGGACUAGUGAUGUCGGCCAUCACAGUGAUCAUCCUGGUGCUCUACUUCACCGUGGACACCUUCGUGGUCAACAAGAAGCCAUGGUUACCCGAGUGCACGCCCGUCUACGUGCAGUACUUUGUCAAGUUCUUCAUCAUCGGCGUGACGGUGCUGGUGGUGGCCGUGCCCGAGGGGCUCCCUCUGGCCGUCACCAUCUCACUGGCCUACUCUGUGAAGAAAAUGAUGAAAGACAACAACCUGGUACGCCACCUGGAUGCCUGCGAGACCAUGGGCAAUGCCACCGCCAUCUGCUCAGACAAGACAGGCACACUGACCACCAAUCGCAUGACAGUCGUGCAGGCCUAUGUGGGCGACGUCCACUACAAGGAGAUCCCCGACCCCAGCUCCAUCAACACCAAGACCAUGGAGCUGCUCGUCAAUGCCAUUGCCAUCAACAGCGCCUACACCACCAAGAUUCUGCCCCCGGAGAAGGAGGGUGCCCUGCCUCGGCAGGUGGGCAACAAGACAGAGUGCGGCCUGCUGGGCUUCGUGCUGGACCUGAAGCAGGAUUAUGAGCCCGUGCGCACCCAGAUGCCAGAGGAGAAGCUGUACAAGGUGUACACCUUCAACUCUGUGCGCAAGUCCAUGAGCACAGUCAUCAAGCUGCCGGACGAGAGCUUCCGCAUGUACAGCAAGGGUGCUUCUGAGAUCGUGCUCAAGAAGUGCUGCAAAAUCCUCAAUGGGGCAGGGGAGCCCCGGGUCUUCCGGCCCCGCGACCGGGAUGAGAUGGUGAAGAAGGUGAUCGAGCCCAUGGCCUGUGAUGGGCUCCGCACCAUCUGUGUGGCCUACCGCGACUUCCCCAGCAGCCCGGAGCCUGACUGGGACAAUGAGAAUGACAUCCUCAACGACCUAACCUGUAUCUGUGUGGUGGGCAUCGAGGACCCCGUGCGGCCCGAGGUCCCAGAAGCCAUCCGCAAGUGCCAGCGAGCGGGCAUCACAGUCCGCAUGGUCACCGGUGACAAUAUCAACACAGCCCGGGCCAUCGCCAUCAAGUGUGGCAUCAUCCAUCCUGGAGAGGACUUUCUGUGCCUGGAGGGCAAGGAGUUUAACCGGAGGAUCCGCAACGAGAAGGGGGAGAUUGAACAAGAGCGAAUUGAUAAGAUCUGGCCAAAGCUACGGGUGCUGGCUCGCUCCUCCCCCACGGACAAGCAUACCCUCGUCAAAGGUAUCAUCGACAGCACACACACCGAGCAGCGGCAGGUGGUGGCCGUGACAGGGGAUGGCACCAACGACGGGCCUGCACUCAAGAAGGCUGACGUGGGCUUCGCCAUGGGCAUCGCAGGCACGGAUGUGGCCAAGGAGGCCUCGGACAUCAUCCUGACGGAUGACAACUUCAGCAGCAUCGUCAAGGCAGUGAUGUGGGGCCGCAACGUCUAUGAUAGCAUCUCCAAAUUCCUGCAGUUCCAACUAACAGUCAACGUAGUGGCUGUGAUUGUGGCCUUCACAGGCGCCUGCAUCACGCAGGACUCCCCUCUGAAGGCCGUGCAGAUGCUCUGGGUAAACCUCAUCAUGGACACGUUCGCCUCGCUGGCCCUGGCCACUGAGCCGCCCACCGAGACCCUGCUUCUGAGGAAGCCAUACGGCCGUAACAAGCCCCUCAUCUCUCGGACCAUGAUGAAGAACAUCCUGGGCCAUGCCGUCUACCAGCUCACCCUCAUCUUCACCCUGCUUUUUGUUGGCGAGAAGAUGUUCCAGAUCGACAGUGGGAGGAACGCGCCCCUGCACUCGCCACCCUCGGAGCACUACACCAUCAUCUUCAACACCUUCGUCAUGAUGCAGCUCUUCAACGAGAUCAACGCCCGCAAGAUCCAUGGCGAGCGCAAUGUCUUUGAUGGCAUCUUCCGGAACCCGAUUUUCUGCACCAUCGUGCUGGGCACCUUUGCCAUCCAGAUAGUGAUCGUGCAGUUUGGGGGGAAGCCGUUCAGCUGCUCUCCGCUGCAGCUGGACCAGUGGAUGUGGUGCAUAUUCAUCGGGUUGGGAGAGCUCGUCUGGGGCCAGGUCAUCGCCACCAUCCCGACCAGCAGGCUCAAGUUCCUCAAGGAGGCGGGGAGGCUCACGCAGAAGGAGGAGAUCCCGGAGGAGGAGCUGAAUGAGGACGUGGAGGAGAUAGACCACGCCGAGAGGGAGCUGCGGCGGGGCCAGAUCCUGUGGUUCCGAGGCCUGAAUCGGAUCCAGACCCAGAUUCGCGUCGUGAAGGCGUUCCGUAGCUCUCUCUAUGAAGGUCUAGAAAAGCCUGAGUCUCGAACCUCCAUCCAUAAUUUCAUGGCUCACCCCGAAUUCCGGAUCGAAGAUUCACAGCCCCACAUCCCCCUCAUUGACGACACCGACCUGGAAGAAGAUGCCGCACUCAAGCAGAACUCGAGCCCGCCGUCAUCGCUCAACAAGAACAACAGCGCCAUCGACAGCGGGAUCAAUCUGACGACUGACACAAGCAAAUCAGCUACCUCUUCAAGUCCAGGGAGCCCCAUCCACAGCCUGGAGACGUCGCUUUAGCUGAGGACCCCGCCGCCACCCACCCCUGGGCCCCACCCAUCCAGGCACCCAGCUCACCCAAGCAGCAACGAGCAACAACAGGAAACCAAAUACUGGCGAGAAAACCAACAUUUCCACCCAAAAGACCCUUUUUCUGGCUGCGAUGCUGUUUGAACUCUUUUUCACUUUGAGGCAAGGGGCGGGAUCUCCUUGGGGGGGGGGGCUUGCAGGAGUGAGUGAUUUUCCCAGAACAAGCCCUUCCCGGCUCCCGCCCGAACAUGGACCAGCCAUGCACCCGCCAGGCCACCACGUCCCCUGCAUGAAUGUACUGUGCACUUCCAGUCCUCCCCUUGUUUGGUUGGGGGGGGUCGGGGAGGGUCUUUUGUUUGUUUUCUUAGGCGGGAACUGACAACAGACUCUUUUCUGAGACUAUUUAUCCAAUCGACUGGUCUGUGAGUUUUUGAAAUGCUUGCGCAGCAUGGUCUCAGUUGCAUAGGUUAAUUUAACAACUUUUUGAAACUGCAGAGCUUAACUCACCUAGUAAAUUUGCACCAAUGGAACCGAAGAACUUCAUAGACACUCACAAGGUUAUAUCCAUUUCUUUGUAUCUAUAUCAACGUAUACUUCUGCAAGACCGUAUACGUCCAUAUAGAUAGGUAUACACACACACACACACACACACACACACGGAUAUAUAAAGUUUUUUUGCCGGCAUGUUGCCUUGUUUCCGCUUAAAUGCUCUAUUUUAACUUAUUUAUGUCCUAAAACAAGAAUGUAAUUUGUUUACAAACCUGUAGAUAACGUCUUUGGCUAUUUGUACGGUUUAAGAACACUGGUGGCUGAGAUGCUAUAAAGACAGCUCAGCCCAACAGACACUUCCCUAGAUUGCAUCCUUGAUGUUUUACAAUAGCCAUGCUCUGAUUUUUGCCUGCUGUUUCCGUUCAAUUAUGUCACUACCGCUGGAGGCUCAGGCAGACGCCAAAUGCUACUGAGUGUCCAUCCGGAGGGGGUUAACACCGUGCUCGUGCUCCGUAGACACAGGGAGAGGAGGAGAGAAGGCUUCCUAGGUUUGCAGCACUAACGGCCGGCCCGGCCCGAGGAGGAUAACGGGGUCCGCCAAGCUCUGGUUGAAGACUUUUCUCUCGAUGAAACUCGCUUGAGUUUACUAAGAGCAUUUCAAAAAAAAGGUUCUCUUUGGCACUGUCUGUACAGAGGUUGAGGUAGUGUUGCAAUAUUAUAAAUGCUACUGUGUUGAUUUUUUUUUUAGUAAUUUAGAGGUUUAUUUAAUUAUAAAUUGCAGCGUAUGAGCUGUUGGCAUACUGGAUGAGGAUCAUUAAGGCCUGCUGCUUUUAUUUUUAUUUUUGAAGAAGAGUAGCCUUUUUCUCUGCACUAUUUAGAUCCGAACGAACCUUAUGAUGUGUAUAUUGAGAUGUAUUCAGUGUGAUUUUUAAACCAAAUUGUCUUCCUGUAGUCGCAAUAUAUACUGUAGCCUUUUGACAGCAAGUCUCGCUUUCCCAGACAGAAAGCCAUUCUGAAACCCUACAGUAUCACAGGUGAGAAAAGGUGGUUAUUUUCCCCCCAAGACAAUAACAGCACUAGUAAUCCCACUUAAUGAGAGCUUAUUUAAUUGUACGUCAGCCUCUUAACUGCUAAGCACUUUGUGGGUAUCAGCUUUUUUCAUAAAAGAACUUUUGUAUUUAAUACAAAGUUUGCUUUGAGACUUUUCAGCAUACAAUCUUUUUCCAUAAACUUGUACAGUGCAAAAGACAUUUUGAAUACCAUGAUCGAUGACGUCCCAUGCUUCGAGGAAAACCAAACACUUUUCCACCUCGCUUGCAAAAUUCAUUCCUCAUACUGACCUUUCCCACAGUUGCUCUGUGUCAGCUCGGCCCUUCCCUUCUCCAGGCCCAGAGAAUUCUUCCACAAACAAGAUGAGAGCCACUCGGGAAAAGAGCCAUAGUCAGCUGGGAGGGCCUACGUCUGGGUGGCUGUGAAGAAACCUGAGGGUUUGGGAUCCCAAGUCAGCCCAUCCCACCUGGCAAAACCUUCCUGGAAGGAGGACCUUCCAUGUGCGAGAGCAUCACCUGAUUGUCAUGAAGGAAUAUCUCUGAAUGUACCCAGCAGAGGAAACUGCAUCCCCAAAGGGGUGACCAGCCCUCAGAUAUGCUUAUUGGAUUCCAAUACAAACACCACAAAAAGCCAGCCCACUGCUCGCCUGCCGAGAAAGUAGAGACCCGCACAUGUAAAACAUGGAGCAGCCUUGGAACACGGUGUUUUUUUGUAGCUUCCUUUCUCAAGGUUUUCCAUCUCCCCACCUUCUUUGUUCCAAUCUUGUGUCUAUGACCUCAUUCCACGACACCAGGAAAGCUGUGCUUGCACACCCAUGCUCCCUGUUUAUUUGGAGCCAGGACACAGGGAAAAACAGGAGGGGUUUCUCUGAGUGGAGCCUAGCUUGGAAAACAGGGAGCAGCGGAAGUAACAGAGGACACCCGACAUUAGCGUUGGUCUUUUCUUGUCAGGAAUGAUGGAUGCUCACACACACACACACACACACACACAGAGGAAAUGAUUGGUUUGUCCAAACUCACUGUAGUACAUAAAGCUUGCACUCUGCGUCCUAUAUCUAGCAGCAUGGGGUACGUUUGGCAGUCCACCCCAUUAGGGGGUAAAUAAUUUAUGACCAUUCAUCUGUUUUUAUGAAUUUUUUUAUCUAGACAAUAACUGUAAAUAAAGAACUCACCGUCUCUGUUCAUUUAAUACUAUGCAAUGGUUAUGCUUCGAUCGCUGACUCUUCUUACUGCCGCAGUGUGAUUCUGAAAUGUCUGUGGUUUUAAAAAAAAAAAAA